AUGGCUCUCAGCUUCCAGGAAGCUGAAGGUUGCGCAGUGAUAUGGGAAUUCGUGCGACACGUUCAGCAGCAUUUCAUGGGACUCAGUGGACCUGACGAUGCCCUUUCGGACGAUGCGCUCGAUCCCUUAGGCAAUCAAAUAAUGCUUCCUCCCCCAGAACUUGGAAACCUUGCUGAAAUAGAGAAUGCGAUGCGCGCAACCACCGCCACACAAGCCGGCAGAGAUGCAAUCUCGAAAUUCGUUAUCCGCGACGACUAUAUCCUAAAGCUCCUCCCGCUCGUGUCGACUGCCGAAGACCUCGAAAGCCUCCCCGAUCUACAUCGCCUAUGUAACAUAAUGAAAUCUUUGAUUCUACUGAAUGACAACACAAUUAUCGAGCUAGUCGUGAGCGACCCCGUCAUUAGCGGAGUUGUCGGAGCUCUAGAAUACGAUCCCGAAUUUCCAACGCACAAGGCGAAUCAUCGGCAGUACCUCAAUGAUCGCAGCCGCUAUAAGGAAGUCGUGCCUAUCAAAGAUCCAAUCAUUCUCCGAAAGAUCCGUCACACCUGGCGCCUCCAGUACCUGAAAGACGUUGUGCUCGCAAGGAUCUUAGACGACCCAACGUUUUCCGUGCUGAACUCGCUUAUCUUCUUCAACCAAGUCGACAUAGUCCAGCAUCUUCAGACCAAUACCCCGUUUUUGAACGAAUUGUUUGCGCUGUUCAACCCAAGGAAUACGGAUAAUAAACGAAAGGAAGAUGCAGUGCAAUUCAUCCACCAGAGCGCGUCGAUUGCUAAGAACCUGCAAGCUACUGCUCGUGGGAGUUUAUUUGGAAGCUUUAUAAGUCAUGGUCUCUUUUCGGUUAUCGUAUACGCCGUGAAGCAUCCAGUACCAGCAAUCAGAAGCACAGGUGUCGAUAUACUCGUUGCCCUUCUAGACCAUGAUCCUAUAAUGAUGCGAGGAUAUAUGUUAAAGGCGGUCAACGAGAAGAAAAUCCCUCUGACUGAAACGCUAAUUGGACUGCUUCACGUCGAGACCGAUUUGGGUGUGAGAAGUCAACUGGCAGAUGCAAUAAAGGUUCUAUUAGACCCCCAGACUCCUGUACCAGAGAUAUUAAGCAGAAUGGGCGCGGAUUUCAUACCAAAACUGCGAUCGCAAAACGUAUUCCCCGAUACCUUUGUGCAGAAUCAUUUUGAUGAAUCAGCAAAGCGACUAUUUUUACCCCUGAAGGAACUGGAGCUCAGACCAGAUUUAAACAACCUGUCCUUUCAAGAAGUUGCAUUGUUCUCUCACUUGGUUGAUAUUCUCACCUUUUUCGUUCGGCAGCAUCUGUUCCGGAGUCGUAAUCUCAUGCACACAGAGUCGUUGGCGCCUCGGAUAGCACAGUUGCUUACAGUACCGCAGAAGCAUCUGAAAUUAAUUGCGCUCAAAUUUUUCCGAACGUUGAUUAGCCUACAAGAUACCUUUUAUUACUCUCAGAUGACCCACAACAAUACAUUCGAACUUAUUCUCAAUGUAGUAUACGAGACGAUGCCACGCGACAAUUUAUUGAAUUCUGCUUGUCUGGAGUUAUUUGAAUACGUCAAGCGCGAAAACAUCAAGCCUAUCAUCGUUCACAUUGUUGAAAAUUACCGCGAGAAGAUCAAGAAUAUCACAUACGUCGACACAUUCCAAAAUCUAAUGAUACGCUACGAUCAAAUGCAGGGAUAUGGUGCACAGCCAGAGCAGACUUUAUUCAGCCAGGACGAAUGUGCUACCCCGACUAGGAAUCUCAUCAAUGGCGGUCACCGAUGGCAGGGCGUGCGAGAAAUGGAUGCAGCGGAAGAGGAGUACUUUGAUGCAUCAGAUGAUGAGGAUGAUGAGGUAGGCUUGUUCUCGUCAAGUGAAAUGAUGAGAACUAGUGCGUUAGAGAACAGAGCCCAACUCAUGGCUUCGUCUCAGCAGGGUAAAAGCGCCGCUGAAGCCAACGCGCCGCCAAAUGGAUCGGUUUCUCCGACGGCCAAACCGUUGGUCGAUUAUCCUGACGACGAUGAGGACGCUAUGGAAGUGAGCGAGCAAGAACAGCCACCGACUCAGACUGUAGAGGCGCCGCCUGUGCAGCAAAUCGAUGAGCAGCCUGACUCGGAUGAUGUGGCAACACAGAUGUCGUUUAGCAGUGAGCGAUUCUUUGAACGCUUCUCUGAGAAACGGCGUCGCGAAGAAGAUGAUGAGGACGAUGAAUUGAUCAAGUUGUCUUCUGCGUCGAAACGCCGUGGCUCAACUGCUAGUGUUAGCAGCGUCGGCUCCAGAACACCAGGCGGAGUGCAGGCGAAGAGGAGUUUGUCCGGACAGUCAUCGCCGGUGUCAUCAACACUUAACAAGGCGGGUGAGAAACCUUCAACUAACCCUGCUGGAUCAGGAAGCAAGAAGAUAUCCAUUAAUCUGAGCAAGAGCUCUGCUACACAAGUCACUUUGAAGACCCAGCCUCAGAAUACGGUUGACAGCCCGGGGAAUGACGAAAGUAAUACAAGCGAGAGCGGUGCUGCAGGGGGCGAAGAAGGAGGUGGCAGCAAUACCAGCGGGACCGAUUGA